UUCAGUGGACCUCCACCAAUGUCUAAGAAUCUAAACAAGUGGCCCUCGUUGUCGAAAAUGCGUUUUAAAAUGUAAAAUAUCCAUGAUAUGUGAUUACUUUCCCGACUGACUGACUCCACAAAACGCCUAAAAUGUCCAGGAGUUCUAAAUCCCAGAGUAGAGCCCAGAGUUCAUUGAUAGAAGUGAAGAGCAAGUUUGAUGCAGAAUUUAGGCGAUUCAGUGUUGAGAGAGACAAGUAUGAGAGGCUCGAAGACUUUCGCACAUUAGUUGAAGAAUUACACCGACUACAAAGUACUUCUUUUGUCCUAGCCUACACUGACCCUCGGGAUGGGGAUCUUCUUCCAAUUACAAAUGAUGAUAACUUCAGGAAAGCUCUUCAGUGCUCAAGACCACUUCUUAGAGUCAUCAUCCAGCAUAAAGGAAGUCUUGAGCAUCUCCCAAAUGGCUCGAACCACAAGCUGCCCAGCAUCCUCUCACCUUUUGUUACACAGCCGAGGAACAAGUUAUCUAUAUCUUACCCACAAGAUUUCCGUCAGGUAGCAGCUAUAAUUGAUGUGGAUGUAGUACCUGAGGUGUGCAGGAGAGUACGCCUGUUGAAGCAUGGCUCAGACAAGCCUCUAGGUUUUUACAUUCGAGAUGGAACAAGUGUGCGAGUUACACCACAUGGCCUAGAGAGAGUGCCUGGCAUAUUCAUCUCUCGCUUAGUACCAGGUGGGCUGGCAGAGAGCACUGGGCUGCUGGCAGUAAAUGAUGAAGUCCUGGAAGUUAAUGGAAUAGAAGUAAAUGGGAAAACAUUAGAUCAGGUAACUGACAUGAUGGUAGCCAACAGCAGUAAUCUGAUUAUAACAGUUAAACCUGCAAAUCAGCGGACGUUAUCCCACACACCACGUCGAGGUUCCUUCUCCCGCAACUCCGCCAUGUCUUCAGGAUCACAGCAGUCCCACCAGUCUGCCUCUGAUGAGGAUCGCUACGACCAGGAUGAGAUACGAGACCUGACUGCGGCAGAUUCCCUCAGUGAUGCACCUCUUUCCCACGCGUCACACCCAUCCAAGGAUGAAGGGGUCUUACAUCUUUAGUUGUAUGGAAGAUAUAUUUUAACUGCCAUUAAUAGUUUUGAUAGAUAACAUGGAUAAUGGUAAACAUUAAAAGAAUAUUUUUUAUAGAUAUCUGAAUCAUAUCAUCCUUUAUGUUGUGGGAUUAUUAUAUCCUCCUUUUUGUCAUUGUUUUAUUAAUAUUUAUGUAUAUAAUUUUUUAAUAUUCUCCCCACCUCCAUUCACUAUUUUAUGGGGCUCAUGUUUGCAUAAUGUAUUGUAAACACAACUUGAUUUAUUUUGGUGCAGUAUCAUAGUUGACCGUAUGGCCAACACCAGUCUUAGAUUUUGCAGAAUUUAUAUCAAUAUCUGUUAUAGCUCAUUAUUUUAGCCCACCGUUGAUGAUAAUGUUGUUUACAUUAAAAGCCAUACUGUUAGAAAUGCUACACCUUGUAAGGUGGAAGGUAGAACAAGUGCCUGUAAUUACAUCACUAAUGUGUGUCUUUCCUGAUGCCUUUAAGGGUUAUAUAUUUGAGUAUGUUGAAGAAUAGAAUAUGAAGUAUGGAAAUCAUAAGGAAGUAUGUACGAUAGUUGUCCACAGUUGAAAUUAUAGUGUAAAUGUGCCUUUCUUGCAGGAAUUUUAAUCAAACCUUACUACUUCAUUUUCCUAGUAAUCAGAUUGUAUAUCUUUUUAUAUUUAAUUUUUUUUAUUACAUUUUUAAUGUCAACAUCAGUACUUAGGCAGAAAAUGAGCAAGUCAUAUACAACAAAAAGAUUGGUAAUAUAGUCAUAAUCUUUUAAAUGGUUUGUACUGCUGAUUCUUCCUAAUCAUUUGACUUGAUUGAAGGAUAUACUUACAUUCCCAGUUCAAAUCACCUAUUAGUUUGAAGUUUCACUGUUGUAAGAAAAUAUACUUUUAUAAUCAAUUGUAAUUAGCUUUAACUUGAAACUAAGAGUUAUUUCCCUCUGUUGAUUGUAUAUACAUUAUGUGCAUAUGGUAUCUUUAAGGUAUAGAGGCCAGAAGUAGUACGUGGCUUCAGAUACUUUAAGUGUUUGGCAUGAAUAGUUAUGCUACUUCCCCACACCCAAUGGUUGUCACUUGUGUACAAUAUUAUAAUAUGUGAAUAACAUAAGUUUGAGGGAUUUAGUGCACCUUGAAAGCCUCAAAUAAAGGCUCCCCAGAGUACUUGUGCUAUAUGGACCACAUUUCUGUGGACCAUUAUGUAUAUUAUUGAAAUUAUACAGUUUACACCUAGAUCAUAUUUUAAUACUUGUGAUAAAACUUUCAAGGAUAGGAUUGUGGGUCAGAGACCACUGUAUAGUGUAAAUGAUUGGUUGAUUGAUGUAAGAAUGAGUGAACAUUAGAAAUUGCAAGUAUAAUAAUAAUGUUGGAAAAAGGAAUUGUUUGACAGUUUAUAUAGCAAGCAGCAUUGUGCCGCUUCUGAAUGUCCUACAUAUUUUCAGUAUGAUAAUUCUAAUUGCAGUAUACAAGAAGUUUAGCUUUGAGAUACUUAGCCAGGUAACAUAAACUAAAGCUGUAUUCCACAUUCCGUCCUGUAUUAAUUACAUAUAUGAUGCAAUAUUUUUUCAAGGACAUAUUUGCUUGUAAGAUGUUCUGUUGCUAAUGGUAUUGAGAAGAAAGGGAGAUUGCAUCUGGGUAAGUAGGUCAGUAAAGGUAUUAAGUAUUAAUGCUUUGGUGUUUUAGAUGAGAUGAUAGGGCCAUAAAAGCCAGUCUCUUAGUAAUGAUGAAGUAUCAUAGAUUGAAUGUAAUUCUUAUGUCCCAAGAAACUGGUUCUGACAUUUUGAGUAUAAUGGUAAGCAUACACAAAGCUAAAUUUUUUUGUUUUGUUACAACAUUAUCAGGAUAAUUUAUAUUCAUACAUGCAGUUAAAAUAUCAUUAUUCAACACCCAAUAUUUGAUUUGUAAGUGGCAGCUUAGCAGCUUGCAUUUAAAUGCUAAAGAUUGUAAAAUAAGCCCAGUAUUUCUCCAGGUAAGGAAACUGUCCAGAAGUAACAGAACAACUUGGUUUGUAAACCUUCUUGGCUCCACAGUUUCUUCAUGGCCGUGGAGGCUUUUUACCUGUCAGUUCUAUAACAACUUUGCAUGUAUACUUAUUCAGAUUAAAUUUAUUUUAUACAUACAAAUUUGUAUGGAUUAUAGCCUAUUAAAGUGAAACCAUUCA